CCUGGCCGGGUGUCCCCGCGGCUCCCCCGGCUGUGGGCGGGCGGCGGUGCCCCCUGGCGGGCGCGGCCGGGCGGGGGCGGUGCCGGUGCCGUGUCCCCGCCGGCGCGGAGCGGAGAGGAGCGGAGCUGCCGCAUCCUCAUCCUUGCCUUGGCCCGGCCCCGCCGGCUCCCCCCGCCCAGGGGGGGCGGGAAGGCAGCUAGCGCUGCCCGCAGUCGCGGCGCGCCCCGAAGUGGAUCCGCACGGCGUUUCCCCCCCACCCCUCCGCCGCCGAUAAAUCCCAGUGCCGGGGGGUAGCGCAGCACUUGGCGGCUGCCGCGCUACGGGGAGGCGACGGAGCUCGGAUCGUCCCAAACAUCCCCUUCCCGGGGUGGCGACCCCCGCCUAGGGGCAGCAGGAGCCGCUACCGCCUGAGCCCAGACAAGAGCGUUAGUAAUUUUAACUUUGAUUGAGAACUGCUAUUAUCCACUCACAGCAUGUGGGAGCAAACAGGCACUUGGAUAAAUCACAAAAAAAGAAAACCACUUAGCAUGCUGCUUCCCUCAAAAACACUUUUUCUGAAGGUAUAAAGCUGAGUGCUGCAGGGAGAGCAUGUGUGAAGAAAGAAGCAAGGCUACAACAGCCCAAGGAAGCAUGCUCAAGGUCAGCCUCUCUCACAGAAGACUGGGAGGUCACGUUUGAUUUAGAAGAAAUCGUGAAGAUGAUUUUCCUGAGUGACAUAACUGCAGCCAUUAGCAAACUUAUCCAAGAGCAAUCAUCCAUUAAAGGCACUCAGCCCUGGGGUGUAUUUGCCACCCUUCAGCACCCGUUGAAGCAGGCAGUGACUCCACCAGCAUGAGUAUGCCGGAGGUCAUCUUCUCUACGCCCAGUGCUGCUCCAGCAGAUUGCUAGGAAAACAAUGAAUAGGAGGAAACCUGGAAGCUUUUUGCUGCUUUGUUGAAUAUGGGAUUAUAAAAAAAAAUUGCACCUGGAACAUCUCUCUAAAUGGAUGACUUCUGAACCUGCAACCCUUCAUUACCUGAAGCAGCACCUUCUUGCAUCCUGGAGGAGAAAAUGAAUUUCACAAAUUGCACCACUGAAGCCAGUGGGGCUGCAAAGCCAAAAACAGUAACUGAAAAGAUGCUUGUUACCCUGACCUUGGCCACAAUCACAACCUUGACUAUGCUGCUGAAUUCUGCUGUAAUUGCAGCAAUCUCCACAACCAAGAAGCUCCACCAGCCGGCAAAUUAUCUCAUAUGUUCACUAGCUGUGACAGAUCUCCUUGUUGCUGUUCUCGUCAUGCCCUUGAGCAUCACUUACAUAAUGAUAGAUAAAUGGACUUUGGGAUACUUCAUCUGUGAGAUCUGGCUUAGCGUCGACAUGACCUGUUGCACAUGUUCAAUCCUUCAUCUGUGUGUCAUUGCAUUGGACAGGUACUGGGCAAUCACAGACGCUAUCGAAUACGCCAGGAAAAGAACGGCAAAGAGAGCUGGGCUGAUGAUAGUCACCGUGUGGGCUAUCUCCAUUUUCAUAUCAAUGCCCCCUUUGUUUUGGAGAAAUCACCACAGCAUCAAUAUUCCCAGCGAGUGUCGCAUUCAGCACGAUCAUGUAAUCUACACUAUUUAUUCCACAUUUGGGGCAUUUUACAUACCCUUGACUUUGAUCCUGAUCCUGUACUACAGAAUUUACCACGCUGCAAAGAGCCUUUACCAAAAGCGGGGUUCAAGCCGCCACCUCAGCAACAGGAGCACAGACAGCCAAAACUCUUUUGCCAGCUGCAAGCUCACACAGACGUUCUGCGUCUCGGACUUUUCCACGUCUGACCCGACCACGGAGUUUGAUAAAAUCAACGCAUCCGUGAGGAUCCCACCUUUCGAGAAUGACUUGGACCUGGCUGGCGACCGGCAGCAGAUCUCCACGACACGGGAACGAAAGGCUGCUCGCAUUUUGGGGCUGAUUUUAGGUGCUUUCAUUUUGUCCUGGUUGCCCUUUUUCAUCAAGGAACUGCUUGUGGGCCUCCACAUUUGCACUGUCUCCCCAGAAGUAGCGGACUUCUUGACCUGGCUCGGAUAUGUCAACUCCCUCAUCAACCCUUUGCUGUACACGAGCUUCAACGAGGAUUUCAAGCUGGCCUUUAGAAAGCUUAUCAGGUGUCGGGAACAUACAUAAAAAUACUGGGAGAUGAUGAUGCUGACAUGACUCCUAGCCUUAAAAUUGAGCAAAAUAAUUUGACUUUGUCACCAUUUCCCUUGAUAAAAGGGAUUUUUGUGUUUGCCUAUUUGCUUGACUUAUUGUCAGCCUGUAAUUCAUUAUGCUGUUUUUUUAAUCUCUAGUGUUAUUCAUGGUAAAGGGUUUGAAAUAAAUUUAUUCUACAAAGGAAAAGAUUUUUUUAGAAAUGAAACAACAAAAGAGAUAUUACUAUUAGAUACUGAUGUUUAAGACAUUUUUGUAAUCAAUGAUUCAAGAAGCAAACAACGGUAUUCACUUUUAUACUUUUUCCAUUUAAGAAUCAAACAUCUAAAUUGUCAUGCACUGUAAAACUGAACCCCAUAAAUACAUAUUCAAAAAUUAAUAAACACUUCAUGAUCAUGACAGCUAAACAACAAAUCUUUACUUUAAAUGGCAUUCUGUAACAGCCACUUAGAAGGAAAAUUACCACCAUUUCCACUUUGGGCUAUAGCAGAAUAAACUAUUCCUUUCUUCAGGAAUACACUCCCAAAACAGAAAGCAAAGUUCAGUUCAUUGCAUCCGAAAAUUAAUCUCAUUUUUUAUUCCAAAGCAAUUAUUUAGGUGACUGUCUUCAUAUAAUAUUCCAGAUUUAUCCGAAAAGAGUUGGGCAGACACCUCUGCAGUUUGUUUGGGAAUUGAGAGGAUGCAGCUAGCAAGUGUCACACUUGUGAAACUAAUUGCACAUCUGACUGGUCACACGUUUAAUACCACUAACCUUAUUUCUUCAGACCUUGUAUUUUGGCCGGUUCUGGAAUGAUAUUAUUCACUUGUGCCACACUUCACCUGGGCCUUGUAGUGAACAACCCCAUGUAUUGAUUGAUCUUACCCCACUGACUUAAACAACUGGAAAUCUUUUCUAGCUAACAUUAAUACCUAAAAAGAGGGAAAAAUUAAUCUCAGUCACUGACAAUGUUUUUUAGUGAGGAAGCACAGAGAUCCCGUAUGGUUUUUCCUUUUUGCAGCUUGUUGGAGGUGGAAACUGUUGAUUGAAGUAUGUUCUUAUCCUGCCUAUCUAUAAAGCUUCCAAAGCAGCUCCCCAGAGUACCUAUGCUGUUAAGGAAAAAAAAAUAGCUGGGAAUUAAAAUAAAAUGUAGUAUUGUUAAGAAGUGCUGUAGAAUAAUUUUAUUUUUUCUUUCAGCAAGCUCAAUGGAAAUGAUUAUCAAAGAAAAGGAUUGGGCAUAAUUUCCUGAAACAAGGUGAAUAUGACAGGGAAGACAGGACAUAUGAGCAGUUGUGGCUAGAAGAGAGUAGGUUUUGGUGUCUCUUGAGUCAUUUCCUGCUCUUCUACAAGGGUGCCUAGCUGCAAUAAUGAUCAGAAAGGGAAGAGUAAAUAUGCAAGACUGCCCCAGCAGACAGUCUGAGCCAACCCAAGGCACUCAGCUAAGAUGAGGCAGAAGCUAUACCCCAGCCAGCUUCCUUGGGCUGUCACUGGGGCUAAGGUUCAGCUGUGGGCUGCACAAGGGUCUUUGACAGAAGAAAGAAAGAGGUGGGAGUGGCAAUGCUGGUGAAAGGUGUUUCAGAGUGGAAAACCAACAAAAUGAGAUAAGCUGCCAGCUCUGACUGCUGCUCCUAAGGGCACACAGAAUAAUUUAGGUUGGAAGAGUUCUCUGGAAGCCAACUAGUCCAACCCCCCUACUAAAAACAAACCUCCAAGUGGCACCAACCCCACAGCUUGGCACUGCUGCUGCUAUGUGGUGUGCAGUCAUGUUUCUUGUGGAAAAGUAAGGGCUCACUUAACUCUGCUGCCAAGACUGAUGCUCAUUUAAAGCGGUAAGUAUGGCUGAAGGGCCAGAAAUGGUGAACAUGACCUCCACAGCAGCUGUCCUAGGUAGGUAAAAGUGCUUCAGCAAUAUGUACAAAAGUUGUAAAAUACAGGUGCUGCAUCAUCUUCAUUUCUUCUGAUGUCUUCCUUUUAGUAUCUGAACUCCACUAUUACCACUCAAACUACCAAUCAGGUUGAAGGCUGUAUUCAAUUUUAAUAUUUAGAGGUAAUUAACAGGAAAAAACAGAUGGAUGGCUAAUUUCCGUGCUUCCCUGUUAAAUAAAGACUCACCAUUCACUGCCAACUGACUACUGCUUUUCUAAUUAAGUCAUUAGCUAAACACAGAGCUGUGUUUUCCAACAAAUGCCACUAGACUAAUGAAGAUAUAUGUUUUGCCCAUGCUCACAAUCAAAGUAAAGAACAAUAUAGAGGACUGGUUACUUAAAACAGUUUAACUUGAUCAGAAGUCACCUAUCUUCUCAUAAGAAUAAAAACUUUUGCUGGUCUGGCACCAUUGGUUGACAACAUUUUUUUUUCUUAUGUUAAGUGUUUGCUGCUUUUACAAAAGGUUUGGAGACAUUUCUUUACUUGUCCAUGGCAAGUCCCCUUCACACUUAUCCUGGAUCUGGCCCAGCCACACUAUGUUGUGCAAUACAAGCUCUUCCCAGCAAGCUCUUAGUGAUGUAUCCAAGGUCUUCAGACUACAUCCGUUUUCCAUAGCCUCUCUAAACCAUCUUGCAUCCUCAGAGCCUUAUUUUCACUAAUGGUCCCCUUGCGAAGUUGUCUUUCAUUACAGACCUGACUCCCUAUCCUGCCUUUGUGUUUCUGACUGUUUAAUCCCUAAAUUGUUGUGAUCCUACUAGAGCAAGCCCCUGUUUUCUCCCCCUAUCUCAGCACUGUUAUCAGAAUUCCCAUGAUUGUGGCUGUUCAAGUCUGUCAGAUUUUACUCUGUCUUAUAUGUGUCCAGGCCAUAUCCUGAAGCUUUUUGCUCUGUGUAAGCAGCCAGUGCUUUGGAGUGAGUUCAUACUAGCCUUGAAGACUGCAUCCAUCAACCAGUUUCCCUCCCCAAAAGACCUACUCUUCAAAUGCUAUUUUACCUGCUAUUUUUAUCUUGUCACCUCCCUUCUGUACCUUUCUUUUUGUUCCCUUUCUUCCAUAUUAAAAUUGACCCUCAUAUUACUAUUUUGUGGAUCUGUAUCUUCACUUUUAGGCACCUUUACCUGCACAGGUAACUCUAUUUGCACUCAUCUGCUCUUUUGCCAGUGCCAACCUCAACUCUCUUCUCUGCAAGCUUUGUCUUGACCACCUCCAUACACUUGCCACACUCUCCUAUUCCUUGCAGCUGAUUUUUUUUCCUUCUCAAAACCACUUCUGAUACAACUCCUGAAAGGAAAACAGUCAACAUGGGCAGUAGAGGAAUAACUAUGCAUGUAUUGUCUGUCCUUUUUUCUCCAUCCUUCCCACAUAGAUUACGUCAUCUCCCAGGGUGAGCUACCUCUCUGUCUUGGGCACAGCACAUCCUAAACACAGCAAAAACAUGUUAAGAGCUGUGUAUAUCCUGAGCCACUUAGAUUUGGUUCGGGUACAUCCCUUUAGAGCUGUGGGUUCCUCACCACAACGAUGUACCUAGCUGUUUCCAGCACAUGAGAUCAAUUUCUUUCAUCUCCCUGAAUGGAGAUAGAUGAUGGGAUUGAACUUUCCAAAAGGUUUAAAACAAAGCCCACGUCUCACCAAGUUUACUUAAAAGGUUGUCACUAUUCAGACUUCACUGCCAUGUACCUGAGCUGUCCAGUUUUCCAUAGUUAUCACUUCUUAAUUCUCUGUCCUUUGGAGGUACAAGGAAGAAACAAGAGCAACAACAACAACAAAUUGACUUUAUUGAGGAGAAUAUGUUAAAAGAAUAAAGCAAUCUUUUCUAAGGGCUCUAUUUCCACUUCUCUAUUUUCAAUCGCAGUUAUCAAAGAGUAAAGAGCAUUGCAGUGUUGAGGUGAAAUACAGGCUUCCAGCUGAAGUGGAGAGAUUGUCCUUGUGCCUAUGUAUUGUUUAACCACUGUAAAUAUCAAUAACUGACAAGCUGGUGUGUGUUCAUCCUUUACACACACAAAUUAUUUCUAUGAAGAAUUAUCUUAAAUUCUUUUUUUGUUUAAAGAAACACAGUAAAUAUUGUGAUAUCUUGUAUUGGAAAAGUAGUAUUUCAUAAGAGUCCCAUGCAACACAGUCACCCUUUAUAACUGCUACCUGUUUUUCUCUUGAGGCCAAAAAUAAUAAUUUUUUUAAAAAUUAUCUGAGUCUAGAUAAAUGCCAGGUUCAUGAGCUGCAAAAUUAUUCUUUAACAUACUUUACGUACAUCACAUUGCAAGCAUAGUUCCCUUUCCCUCUUACAGUGCUAGGGGAUCUUUACUUCUUCAUUAAUCCCAUGUAGGUGAUCACACGUAGAUGAUGCUACAUGAUUAAAUUACUCCUUCCCACUCAGUUAAUUUCUAUGCUUCUAUGAAUCGGGCCUUAAAUGUACACUUUUGAUGUUGCUGAUGUAAGUAGAAGAUGUAACCAUGAAUGAGCUGUGGGGAAAAAACAUGAUUAGAAAAUUAUAUGAACCUCUUCUCAGAGACCUAAGGGAGAAAGAUUCAUUUCAACUUUUUUCCUACUUAAUCACUUUUCUUUCCUCCUCAUUUCACUAUUUCCUGAUCCGUGAAUCCUGUUCAUUAAUUUUUCCUCCUGUUUCUUAUCUCUCUCUCCUUCGUUCCCUUUGCAGCCUUCCUCAGCAUCACAGCAGCAUCUAAUAACCUAUAGCAAGAAGCAAGGCCACCUUUGUGCUGUGUUGAUACACAACCUAAGCAUCACUCUGCUCUUGAUUUUUGGAAAUCAGGUUGCAGGCUCUGUUCCAUGGCACUGCUCUGCACAGAUUCUGCUUCAGUUUUGUUGUAGUUUUCCUACAAAUCAGAUUUUUAAUGUACAUUGAGAUUCUUCCAAAUGAAAGAUGCUGUGUAUUAAACCAUGAUUUCUUCCCA